CCCCCCAAACCCAAAGCCAAAGCCAAAGACGCAAAGAGGAAGCGCGUCGUGUCCCCUUCCCGGUCAGGUCAGAUCUGGCUGCCUCUCUUCGACUACUCUAGCAGUGUCCGCCGGGUCGCCGCCGCCGGCAAGCAAUGGCGGAGGAGGGCCACCCGUCCCGCUACGUCAAGCUCACCAAGGACCAGGACGCCCCCGGCGAGGACAUCCGCCCCGGCGAGCUCAACCAGCCCGUCCACGUCCCCCAGCUCGAGGGCCGGAGGUGCGGCGAGUGCGGCCAGGUCCUCCCGGAGAGCUACGAGCCGCCCGCCGACGAGCCGUGGUCCACCGGGAUCUUCGGGUGCACCGACGACCCCGAGAGCUGUCGCACUGGAUUGUUCUGUCCUUGCGUGCUGUUUGGGCGCAACGUUGAGGCCCUCAGAGAGGAUAUCCCUUGGACAACGCCUUGUGUUUGCCAUGCUAUCUUUGUGGAAGGAGGGAUUACACUUGCAAUCCUGACAGCAAUAUUUCAUGGUGUUGACCCAAGAUCAUCGUUUCUUAUUGGAGAAGGUCUGGUGUUUAGUUGGUGGCUGUGUGGUACCUAUACUGGCAUUUUCCGUCAAGAACUCCAGAAGAGAUAUCAUCUCAAGAACUCCCCAUGCGACCCAUGCAUGGCCCACUGCUGCCUGCACUGGUGCGCCAACUGCCAGGAGCACCGCGAGAGGAGAGGCCGCCUGGCCGACCACAGCGCCAUGCCCAUGACCGUCGUCAACCCGCCCCCCGUGCAAGAGAUGAGCAUGUCAGAGAACCACGCCGCCCCCGCCCCUGCCCCUGCCAACCCGGAGACCAAUGGAGCAUCGAAUAGGGCUGAGCUGGAAGCGCGCAAGAGCGACCACGACGACGUCGAGUACGAGUUCGUCAAGAGAUCCACCAAGAGGAAGAGAGCUCGUAGCACCGCGUAUGAAAACGAAGCCGAUAUGGAGCUCGAUCGCCAGCGCCAGGAGGCGGAGGGGAGGAUGAUGGAGCUCGCACGCGCGUGCGGCAAGCUGGGGACGCCCCCGUCCUCGCAGCGCCGUGUGAGCAUGCGCUUGCGGCGGCCGGAGGCCACCCCGUACGAGUUCGUGAAGAGAUCCGCCAAGAGGAAGAGAGCUCGUGGCACCACGUAUGAAAAUGAAACCGAUGUGAAGGUUAAGCGGGGGUUCAACAAGGCCAUCAGGUGCUCGCUCAAGGAGUUCUUCGAGUGCGCGGAGCUGCUCAAGGACCGCCACCUGGCGAGGGUCCGCAAAGCGGGGUUCGGCGCCAUGUUGGACGGCAAGGUAAGGGGGCUCAUUAGCCGGCCUCUAAUCGGCUUCCUCAUGGGCAAGAUAGACCCAGCAACCAUGACAAUAAAGCUCGGGGAAUCAAAGGUCAUCGCUAUCACCAGCGACGCCAUUCACCAUCUUUUCGGCCUGCCUCAAGGAGGGCACCCUGCCCCGAGACCUUCGGAAAACGGCCACGAUAAGGCAGUGAUGAAGCUGAAGCAAGAGCUCGGGUUUAAAAGGUCUGAUAACAUCAUGACGAGGGAUCUGCGGGGUCUGCUUAAGCGGCUGGUGGAGGACCAAGAGAAAGAUGAGUUGGCCCUCAAGGUAUUUUUCUUGGUUGUUUUCAUGAAGGUGAUCUGCCCGGGGGCCUCCGCGCGCGUCUCUAGGGAGGCGGCAAUGCUGGAAGAUCUGGAUUUUGAUAAGAUGGUGGACAUGGAUUUCUGCCAGCUGCUUGUCGAUGAGCUGCAGAAAGCUGUGGUGAGGUAUCAAAGCGGCAAGGCUUUGUCGCAGGGUAUCACGGGCUGCGCCAUUGCGCCCCUCUUGAUCUACCUUGAUUGCUGCAACUUGAGGAAAGUUUCUGAGUUGGAUACGCGGACCCCUCGAACCCAUUUCAUGACCGUUGAUAACCUUAAGAAGAUAGCCAGCGCUGACUUGAUUCAGAAGGGGGUUCCUGAUCCCCAGACCUGGCUUUACGGCAAAUUACCGUGGAAGGCUCACAAGGACAUAGUGUAUUAUGAAUUAAUUGUCGAACCAAUUUGUUUGGUGCCACCAAUUGCAAGAGGUGCUCAGCUCCGGCGUUCAUCGUUGAAGAAGACCAUUGGCCCCCAAGGGGCAGUGGCUGAUGACGCUCCUGCUCCAGCCAUGGCGAGCAGCAGUAAUGGCAUCGCUCCUGAGUCCGAGAAGAGCAAUGAUAAUGUUGGAGCUACAGCCCUGAAUCAGAUCGACGUGCUGCUGGCAAGGGCAUGCGAUCUAUCGCGCCAAGUGCCUACUUCAAGUGCCCGACUCAGCCACAGCGAGGGCAUUCUUCCACCCGGGCACGGUUUUGAUGCUGAAACCACGAAGGAGGGCCUCUCGAAGGAAGCCGCACUUCUCUACCCAGGCACCGAGGCCUUUCCGGAUCCCCGCGCCGCCGAGAGCAUGCCGUCUCUGGGCUCAGAGACGGCAGGGGAGGAGGGGGAGGUCGACCUUCGGCGACCGGAGGCGGAGGAGACGAUGAUGGAGCUCUCGCGCGCAUGCGGCGAGCUGGGGACGCCCCCGUACCCCCAGCGCCGUUCGAGUGCGCGCCUGCGGCCGCAGCAGGCGCCGACGGCCACACAGUACGAGUUCGUGAAGAGAUCCACCAAGAGGAAGCGAGCUCGUGGCACCGUGUAUGAAAACGAAGCCAAUAUGAAGCUUAAGAGGGGAUUCAACAAGACCAUCAGGUGCUCGCUCAAGGAGUUCUUCGAGUGCGCGGAGCUGCUCAAGGACCGGCACCUGGCGAGGGUCCGCAAGGCAGGCUUCGGCGCCAUGCUGGACGGCAAGGUCAGGGGGCUAAUCAGCCGGCCUCUCAUCGGCUUCCUCAUGGGCAAGAUAGACCCAGCAAGCAUGACAAUGAAGCUCGGGGAAUCAAAGGUCGUUGCUAUCACUAGUGAUGCCAUUCACCACCUUUUCGGCCUGCCUCAAGGAGGGCACACGGCCCCGAGGCCCGCAGAAAGCGGCUACGACAAGGCAGUGAUGAAGCUGAAGCAAGAGCUCGGGUUUAAAAGGUCUGAUAUCAUCAUGACGAGGGAUCUGCGGGGUCUGCUUAAGCGGCUGGUGGAGGACAAGGAGAAAGAUGAGUUGGCGCUCAAGGUUUUUUUCUUGGUUGUUUUCAUGAAGGUGAUCUGCCCGGGGGCCUCCGCACGUGUCUCUAGGGAGGCGGCAAUGCUGGAAUAUCUCGAUUUUGAUAAGAUGGCGGACAUGGAUUUCUGCCAGCUGCUUGUCGAUGAGCUGCAGAGAGCGGUGGUGAGGUAUCAAAGCGGCAAGGCUUUGUGGCAGGCUAUCACAGGCUGCGCCAUCGCGCCUCUCUUGAUCUACCUUGAUUGCUGCAACUUGAGGAAAGUUUCUGAGUUUGAUACACGGACCCCUCGAACCCAUUUCAUGACCGAUGAUAACCUUAAGAAGAUAUCCAUCGCUGACUUGAUUGAAAAGGGGGGUCCUGACCCCCAGACCUGGCUUUACGGCAAAUUACCGUGGAAGGCUCACAAGGACAUAGUGUACUAUAAAUUAAUUGUCAAACCAAUUUGUUCGGUGCCGCCAAUUGCAAGAGGUGCCCAGCUCCGACGUUCAUCGUCGAAGAAGACCAUUGACCCCCAAGGGGCAGUGGCUGAUGACGCUCCAGCUCCAGCCGUCGAGGGCAGCAGUAAUAGCGUCACUCCUGAGUCCGAGAAGAGCAAUGAUAAUGUUUCAGCUACAGCGCUGAAUCAGAUCAACGUGCUGCUGGCAAGGGCAUGCGAUGUAUCGCGCCAAGUGCCUACUUCAAGUGCCCGACUCGGCCACACCGAGGGAAUUCUUCCACCCGGGCACGGUUUUGAUGCUGAAGCCGCGAAUGAGGGCCUCUCGAAGGAAGCCGCACUUCUCUACCCAGGCACCGAGGCCUUUCCGGAUCCCCGCGCCUCCGAGAGGGUGCCGUCCCUCGGCUCGGAGACGGCGGCGGAGGAGGAGGAAGUUGACCUCCAGCGACCAGAGGCGGAGGAGAGGAUGGUGGAGCUCGCACGCGCAUGCGGCAAGCUGGGAACGCCUCCGUACCCCCAGCGCCGUUCGAGUGCACGCCUACGGCCGCCGGAGGCGCCGGCGGCCACACAGUACGAGUUUGUGAAGAGAUCCACCAAGAGGAAGCGAGCUCGUGGCACCGCGUAUGAAUACGAAGCCAAUAUGAAGCUUAAGCGGGGAUUCAACAAGACCAUCAGGUGCUCGCUCAAGGAGUUAUUCGAGUGCGCGGAGCUGCUCAAGGACCGGCACCUGUCGAGGGUCCGCAAGGCGGGGUUCGGCGCCAUGUUGGACGGCAAGGUCAGGGGGCUCAUCAGCCGGCCUCUCAUCGGCUUCCUCAUGGGCAGGAUAGACCCAGCAACCAUGACAAUGAAGCUCGGGGAAUCAAAGGUCAUCGCUAUCACCAGCGACGCCAUUCACCACCUUUUCGGCCUGCCUCAAGGAGGGCACACGGCCCCAAGGCCCGCGGAAAGCGGCUACGACAAGGCAGUGAUGAAGCUGAAGCAAGAGCUCGGGUUUAAAAGGUCUGAUAUCAUCAUGACGAGGGAUCUCCGGGGUCUGCUUAAGCGGCUGGUGGAGGACGAGGAGAAAGAUGAGUUGGCGCUCAAGGUUUUUUUCCUGGUUGUUUUCAUGAAGGUGAUCUGCCCGGGGGCCUCCACGCGCGUCUCUAGGGAGGCGGCAAUGCUGGAAGAUCUGGAUUUUGAUAAGAUGGCGGACAUGGAUUUCUGCCAGCUGCUUGUCGAUGAGCUGCAGAGAGCGGUGGUGAGGUAUCAAAGCGGCAAGGCUCUGUGGCAGGCUAUCACGGGCUGCGCCAUCGCGCCCCUCUUGAUCUACCUUGAUUGCUGCAACUUGAGGAAAGUUUCUGAGUUGGAUACGCGGACCCCGCGAACCCAUUUCAUGACCGAUGAUAACCUUAAGAAGAUAGCCAGCGCUGACUUGAUUCAAAAGGGGGGUCCUGACCCCCAGACCUGGCUUUACGGCAAAUUACCCUGGAAGGCUCAUAAGGACAUAGUGUACUAUGAAUUAAUUGUCGAACCAAUCUGUUCUGUCCCACCAAUUGCAAGAAGCUCCCGGCUCCGGCGUUCAACGCCAAAGAAGACCAUGGACCCCCAAGGGGCAGUGACCGAUGGUGAUCCAGCCCCAGCCAUGGCGGGCAGCAGCAACGGCGUCGCCCCCGAGUCUAAGAGGAGCAACGAUAAUGUUGCAACUGCAGCCUUGAGUCAGAUCGACGUGCUGCUGGCAAGGGCAUGCGACUUAUCGCGCCAAGUGCCCACCACAAGCGCCCGGCUCAGCCACACCGAGGGUAUCCUUCCACCAGGGCAUGGUUUUGACGCUGAAGACGCGAAGGAGGGCCUCGCGAAGGAAGCCGCGCUUCUCGACCAUCUGCAGAAGGCCACGUUCCACCUCCGCUCUUCGUUCGCCCUUUUUAAGAGUGUGCAGGACGACCGGUGCAGGCCUUACGAAGACAAGGCGAAAUCAGCCUCCAGGCAGGUGGCAGAGGAAGAGGCUGCUGCUCAAGGAAGUGAAAGAGAAACAGAGGCGCCUUCCGAUGAGCAGUUUGAGGAGAAUGCUGAUCACUUCAUGUCCUGCGACGAGGAGGACGCGGAGGAGGAGGAGGAGGAGGAGGAGGCCGCGUCCGCGGUGUCUAGUCCUCCGCAGGACGUGACGGAUGAUGACGAUGAGGAUCCCGACUAUGCGGGUUGCCGCUAUGAGCAUUUUCUGCGGGUGCUGUUUGUUGGCAAGCAUCUUGGGCUGUCCAUGGCCAGGUAUACCUUGACCAAUCCCCCGACGGGCGCGUUUUCAGGCAAGUUCCUUCUGCCCGGCGCCUCGGCAGCAGUCCUUCUCAUGCUUGGCGUUCUACACGCCAAGCGAAUGUACGAUGGCAAACAGCUUGUCGAAAGGAAGGAGCAAGGAAUCGAGCCGGAAUUCUCGCCAGACCUUAAGGCUUCGUUUCUGAGGCUUCUACCACUGCGUUCGAUGUCGCGUGUCUGGGGAUACUUGAUGGAAGUGGAGGUUCCGGUGUUCAUGCGUCCUGCUAUCUACAAAGCAUGGGCCAGAGCAUUCCACUCCAAUUUGCAAGAACCUGCUCUGCCCCUGGAAGAAUAUCCUUCUUUGCAGGCAUUCUUCAUCCGCAGUCUCAAAGAAGGGUCAAGGCCUAUCGAUCCAGAUCCAAAUUGCCUGGUGAGUCCUGUCGAUGGGAAAGUUUUGCGGCUUGGACAGCUCAGGGGUCCAGGAACCAUGAUUGAGCAAGUCAAAGGCUUUUCUUAUCCUGUUUCUUCUCUUGUUGGUGCUAGUUCAUCGCUUCAUGAUGCCACAGAAAAAGAUAUUUCUGGAGAGCAAACAGAACAAAAUGUGCCUGAGAGCUCGAAUGCAAAAUCAUGGUGGCGAGUAUCUGUGGCUUCACCUAAACUUCGGGAUCGAACACUGCUGAGCCCAAAGAGAGGAAUCUUUUAUUGUGUCCUGUACUUGCACCCUGGUGAUUAUCAUCGAGUUCACUCUCCUGUUGAUUGGAAUAUUUUCAAACGUCGACAUUUCUCAGGUAAUCUUUUCCCAACAAAUGAACGUGCUGUGCGGACCAUCAGAAAUCUAUAUAUCGAGAAUGAAAGGGUAGUACUUGAGGGUCAAUGGAAAGAAGGGUUUGUUGCAAUUGCAGCUGUUGGUGCUACUAAUGUUGGCUCCAUCAAACUGCUCAUUGAACCGGAGCUGAGGACAAACAGUCCAGGGUCCAUGACACUUCACUCCCAACCUUACGAUGAGCGUGUUUAUGAACCCGAAGGCACCGGCAUGAUGGUUAAAAAGGGGCAAGAGGUAGCAGGAUUCCACAUGGGGUCGACCGUGGUCGUCGUAUUUGAAGCGCCCCUGUCCAAGGCGAGGGAGGACAGGACGGUCUCUUCGGAUUUCGGCUUCUGCGUCAAGGCUGGCGAUAGGAUUAGGGUAGGAGAAGCCAUUGGUCGAUGGAGCCAAUCCUAGCGCUGGUUUGGUUCCCCACCGUAGGAGUAGGCCCAUUUUCCAGUUUGGAGUUUCAUGAGAGCUGGAGAAAGAUGUCAUGAUCUGAAUUUUGAGAAACAUUUUUACCGGUGACAGAAUUUCUGUGAAACAUGGAAGAUUUGAAUGCAAAGUUUGUCUGAAACA